AAACCCGAGACUGAGCAUCGUUUUCAAGUUUUAAUUCCUAAUGAUCGUUUAUGAUGCUUUUUAACCGUAAAGAGUGAAACUUGAACAGAGAAUAUCGCGUGCCAACUGAAAUGCGGGGCUUUUGUUUUGUUUCUUGGGAGAAAACGGGAAAUAUGACAGAACAUGCGCUGCUGUUAGAACCGGUUAAACCACUUUAACGAGAACCCGAGAUGAGCUUGUCCACGGUUUAUUUUCUAUGGAUUUUACUAUCCACCCUUUGGUUGGCAGAGAUGGAGAUGCCCAUGACGCAUCGCAGAUCAGCUAACUUCGUUGCUGGUCUUGUAUUUAAUCUCCAUUGCGAAAGAAACAGUCAGAAUGUGAGUGUGAGCUGGAGUCGUGUUCCCAGACAGAGCUUGGGAAACAUCACUGGGAUAACCAUUAAGGACAACGCACUGUGGUUCCUUCCAGCCGAGCUCGUCCACAGCGGAGAGUACUCCUGUUUCAGCAGAAAUGGCAAUGAAACCCAGGAAAUUAUAUUUGAGGUCUCCGUUCAGAAUGAAACAUGUCCCCGUAAGAACAGAGAAGAUGACGUAAAGAGCAUAAAGGAAGUCGAAUGUUUCCUUCCUCAUGUCUUUGAGUUAGACCCUGGAGCUCAAGUGAGCUGGCGAAAGAACUGCCAUCCACUCGAUGGGAACAACAGGAGGGUUUUCCCGAUGAACAGAUCCGAUGAGAUGGUUGGACUCUAUACUUGCUUUGUGAACUUUACUCUUGAAGGGCUGAACUACUCUGCUGCCCAGACUACAAACAUCUACAGCCGGCCUUCAGAUUUUGUGGUGACGGAGCCUAAAAUCAUCUACCCACAGCAAGAAACACACACUGUAACACUAGGUAAAAGUUUCAAGCUGUGCUGCAAAGCUCUUGUUGGGAAGAACGCCAUGGAAGAAACUGAUAUAUACUGGAUGAGUGAAUCUCUCACUCUGAACUUCAGUAGCUCCACCAUGAAAGAGAGCGAGCAGCUCUACGCACUUUCUGUUUUAUUCAUCCCAGAAGUCACAUAUGACUACCUGAACACUGAUCUCACCUGUGUGGUUCUACACCCGGCAGGCUCAGAUUCUGUAAAAGUCCAGCUUAUCCUAGCUAGUCAGAAGGAGCGUCUUUAUUGGAUCGGCCUCGGUCUGGUGGCUCUGGUCACGUUACUGGGCGCUGUGGCAUUACUCUUCAGAGUCGAUCUGGUUCUGGUUUACAGGGAUGUUUGCUCGUCUUCUGCCGUAUGCAGCGAUGGAAAGUCGUAUGAUGCGUAUGUGAGUUAUCUCCAUGGUGACCGACUCAUCUCAUCUUCUGCAAUGACCUUUGCCCUGCAUUCCCUUCCUGAGAUGCUUGAAGAUCUCUAUGGUUAUAAACUGUUCAUCAGUGGGCGUGAUGAACUUCCUGGGGAAGCGGUGCAUGAAGUCAUUGCUGACCGAAUGAGCCGAAGUCGAAGGCUGAUCAUUGUUCUUACAUCACAGUCUCAAACCGAUGGCACCAGGAAACCCCUGAUGUCAGACGAUGCUGUGCGACUGGAAGAGCCGUCCUCUGCCCAGAUGUGUGCGGCGUACGAGCAGCGAGUGGGUGUGUAUGACGCUCUGGUGAAGCAGGGUCUGAAGGUCCUCCUGGUGCAGGUGGAGGACGGGGUUGAAGAAGCUUCACUGCCCGAGUCUCUGCGCUUCAUCCGUCGCAGCAAAGGCAUCCUCCAGUGGAGGCAGAACGCCAGUGAUCGUGCAAACAGAAGGUUCUGGAAAUACGUGCGUUACCACAUGCCCCCGGCACAGAGGCGCUAACUAGUGCAUCUGCACAUCUGGGCCUGGUUUCGCAGACAGGGCUUAUAUUAAGCCAGGGUUAUUCCUUAGUUCAAUUCGGGCAUUUAAGUUGCUUUUAUAAAUGUGCGCAAGAAAAAAAUAUUUCUGGUGUGACUCUAGAGACAAAACAAUGGCACUGACCUCUUUUUGCUUUCAGUUAAAACAGCUCAAACAUGCAUUUUAGUCUGAGACUAGAUUAAACCUCGUCUGUGAAAACCUUGAUAGUGUUUACAAGUCAAGUCACAUUUAUUUAUAUAGCGCUUUUUACAAUACAGAUUGUAUCAAAACAGCCUCACAG